AUGGAAGGAUUGGAAUAUGGGAGUGAGACAGGGAACGAGAAAGGGCGCAAUAGGGCAUCAGGCGCCCUGGAAGACAGUGUGCAGGUCAACGGGGAGCCCUUCGAUGCUGGCCAGUAUUCCUUCUUUGGUGAUCUGGGUGGAGACGAUGGUCUUGGAGACGAGCUUGGAGGCCUGGAGGAUGGCAUAGAGGCGCCUCCAGAAGAGGAGGUACUUGAGGAUCCUGACCUAAGGCUUAUCGAUGGCGGCAAUGAGGAGAUUGAGGACCUGUCCUACGCAACCAUGUUUGCAAACGCCCUUGAUUUGGAGGCAGACACCCCCCAGCAGCCUGAGCGCAUGCGCAUGGAUGACCCUGUCAUUCAGCGACCCACUCCGAGCCAGGCGUCAAGUAUUGGCGGCAGGGCCGAGAGUCUACGCAACAAUUUUGGACAGCAGAUCUUGACUGGUCCUGGUCUGGGAGACCUGUCCAGCUCCCUGCCCAAUACCUCGGCAUGGGGCGGCUUUGGAGAUGCGUCCAGCAAUGCAGGCGCCCAAGGCGUCUUGACUGCUUAUGACUCACCGGGCUUGCCUGGCCUGAAUGUCCCUCCUCUGAACCAGCGUCCCAUGACAGUGGAUGAGCUCGAGGCGCAGCUGAUUGGCCAGCAACAGCGCAACCAAUUACAGCAGCAGCAAGGCCUCCAUGGUACUCCGCCGCAGCCUGGUCUACUUGGCUUCCCUCCCCACGCAGCGCUGCCGCGCCCUCAACCACCCGCGCCCCACAUGCAGACAGCUCCAGGCGGGCCAGAGCAGCUGGGCUACCAGGGGCUGCCCCCCUCAGCCCUGGGCAACAGCCUGCCUGCACCUCCAGGCCACGAUAGGAAUUUUGCAGGUGGGCCGCCUCUGAUGGGCAACCCGGGAGUGCCCGGCCCGCGCCCGCCGCCGUACGGGCCGCCACCGCCAAUGCAGUUUCCUGGGCCAAGGCCGCCGCCACCACACAUGCAUCCCCAGCUCAUGCAGCCCGGCAUGCAGGACCACGGCGGCCCUCCACCCGGCGUGUACGGCAGCCCAGAGCGGCCGCCGUUUGGGCGCGGCAGCCCAGGCGACAUGGGUGCUUGGGGUCGCGGAGGACCGCACGACAUGCAUGGCCGAGGCCCAGGAGGCCCCCACCAGGGACACCACCAGGGGUCUUACCCGCCGCCAGGGCCAGGGUUCAUGCCGCCGCGGCCCAGCAGGGAGGCGCAGUAUGGCAAUGGCAUGCUGGGGAGACGGCGCGCUUUCGGCUCCAGGCACAUGAGCACGGAUGAGAUUGAGCAGAUCCUGCGCAUCCAGUGGAAGUCCCUGCACUCCGGCGCGCCCUACCAUGAAGACUACUACUACCAGGCGUACGUGCACAAGCACCGGGCGGGCCGCAACACGCGCUGGUUUGCGCCGGAGGGGCUGCGCGAGCUGGGGCCCAGCGAGAAGGUGGGCACAGAGCCGACAGCGUAUGUGAAGCUGGAGGGCCUGGGCAAGAUACCCUUCUCCAACAUCCGCCGCCCCCGGCCCCUCAUGGAACUCGAGGCCAAGCAGCCCGCCUCCGACGAGGAUGGGGAGGCGGAGGGGUCGGAGCCGGUGGCGGUGCGGCGGCGGCUGGAGGACGAGCCGCUGCUGGCGGCGCGCAUCGUGGUGGAGGACUGCCUCAGCCUGCUGCUGGACGUGGACGACAUCGACCGCAUGUGGGCCGCCUCCGGUGCCCAGCGCGACAACAAGGCCGCCCUCUGCCAGCGCCGCUCCCUGCUCCUCCAGGCGGUGACCAGGAAUCUGCGUAUCCCGGACACGCCCAAGCUGCCCGCAGAGGGCGCAGUCGACGGGGUGUUCCUGCGCUUGAUGGCGCUGCCCAAGGGCCGCGGCAUGCUCACCCGCGCGCUGCGCCUGCUCUAUGCGCCCCUGUCCCUCUCCGAGACCGUCCCAGGUGCGCCUGUGGCGGAUCCGUCCAGCCUGCAGAUUGCAUGGGCGCUGCUGCGCAACGUGCGCACGCUGUUUGGGCGCACCUCCAACGUGGGCCAGAAGGGCGCGCCUCGGCCCGGGGCCGUCAACGAGGAGAUCGCGGCGCAGGCCGCCGAUCGCGACAUCGAAGUCACAUCCAACAUGGCCGUCUCUGCUGCCGAGCUGCUGAAGCGGCUGGACAGUGGCACGGCGGUGAAUGGGUGCAUGGCGGCGCUGGUGGCGGGGGACCUGCUGGUGGCACCGGGCGCAGGGGCCUCGCGCGCCGAUUGCCUGCUGCCGCUGUACGUGCCCGGAGAGCGCUCGCUCGAGCGCCACGCCUGGCUGGCCGACCUCCUCAUCGCCAUCCUGCAGCGCGCCCAGGAGCUGGGCUUGGCUGAGUACGCAUCAGAGAGGCGCGCCGUCCCGGACAACGCUGCAGUGGUGGACGGGAAGGCGUGGCGCAGCCACUUUGGGGUGUUUUUCAAGCUGGUCCUGGAGCAUGUCUCCACCCUUGUGGAGGUCUUCACCAUGGCGACUGCUUCCGGCGCAACAGAGGCAGCCGAGUAUGCCAGGGCGAUUGUUCCUGUGAACCUGGUCAGGAACCUCUUGCCUCACGCCACUGACUUCCAGCGUGAGCAGCUGCGAGCCAAGCUUGGCAUGAUCUCCUAA